CCAUAAUGGCGAACGCAGUGCAGGUGUAACGUGUGCGUGCUUAAAAAACGAGCAGUUCGCUUCACGAAUUCGAUAGACGAACGUCAUUGAGAACUUUUUCUGAAGCAUCCCGUCUGUUAAAUCGUCUGUAUGAGCGUAACCAGCGUUAGUGAUGAGCUCAUACUCGUUUUCGCAGAAGGUAUUCACACCGAUACCACCCGAGAAGGGCAGCUUUCCACUCGACCAUGAAGGUGCCUGCAAAAUGCUGAUGGUCAAGUAUAUGCGCUGCCUAUUCGAGAAUAAAAAUGAGGGCACGAUGUGUCGAGAAAUCGCGAAGGACUACCUUGCCUGUCGGAUGGACAACGAUUUGAUGGCGCGCGAGGACUGGGCCAAUCUUGGUUUCGCCGAGGAGGUCAAGGAGACAUAACAGCACCGAUUUAUUGCUAAUCGAUUAUCGCGACGUUCGUAGAUCUUAUCUCGUACGCGGCUGGUAUUACAUUUACGAACUUACAUACUUGCUGGGUCAUCCUUGCUUCCGUUUCGGGGAAUUAAAUAAAAUAGUUUACGGGUCACUGAAAGUGUAUGUACAAAUUUGAAAACGACAUAUAACGUAUAUAUUAAUGUGUUCUGCGAAUUAAAUAAAUGAAUGUAUAUUUAUAUGUGCGCAUUUCUCGAGAUAACGAAUAAAUAGUGAAUACUCGUUGA